CAAUCAAAUGGAGAUUACAUGCUUGUAAUGAUCGUAAUAAUGGAUGUAAAUUUAAGAGAAUAUUUAAAAAUGAACCAUAAUCAACUUACAUGGAAAGAAAGAACACAAAUCAUUUUUGAUAUAAUUUUUGCACUUUCAAAAAUUCAUAAUGAAAAUGAAAUUCAUAGAGAUUUACAUUCCGGAAAUAUAUUAUUUAAUCAAAUUGAUCCAAGAUUCUUUAUUAGUGAUCUUGGAUUUUGUGGUCCUAUAGACAAACCAUCAAAAAGCGUAUACGGAAAUCUUCCUUAUAUAGCACCUGAAGUUAUUGCUGGAAAAGAAUAUACUUUUAAAUCUGAUAUUUAUAGUAUUGCAAUGAUUAUGUGGGAAAUUUCCUCUGGUCAACCACCAUUUGUUAAUCAUGAACAUAAUUAUUAUCUUGCAAUGAAUAUAAUUAAUGGUAUAAGACCAAGAAUAGUACCGGAACUCCCUUAAAGUAUAAAAAAUUAAUGAAACAAUGUUGGGAUGCUGAUCCAU